AUGGCUGGUAGAAAUGAUCGUGCGAUUGCCGAUGCUCUUCAAGCAUUAGCACAAGCUAUGAAUAAUAACAAUAGGACUGAAGUUACUCCUAACUGGUUGGAGCAAUUUCAACGAAAUCACCCACCUACCUUUAAAGGAGGAUAUGACCCAGAUGCUGCUAUGAAUUGGCUAACAGAAAUAGAGAAAAUUUUCAAUGUUAUGGAUUGUCCCAUCGCUCAGAAGGUGAAGUUGGCCACAUUCAUGUUGACUGCUGAUGCUCACUUUUGGUGGGAAGGAGCACUUCGGAGGAUGAUUGAUGGAGGGGUGCACUUGAAUUGGGACAACUUCAAGAAGGUCUUUCUUGAGAAGUAUUUCCCGGAUGAUGUGAGGAGUCGGAAAGAAAUGGAAUUCCUUGAACUGAAUCAAGGGAAUGACAUAGUGGCAGAGUAUGCUGCCAAAUUUGAUGCUUUGGAUCAUGACAACCGUGCUCGUGCUGCUUUCUAUAAAGGAGUUGGAGGUCCUAUCCGUGUUGUGAGUUCUAGUACUCCGGGUAUGAAUAAGCCUUACUACGCUCCUACUAAAUUUCAAGGGAGUAAAGCUGCUGCUAAUAAAAGCAAGUCAUUUACUAGAGGAUCCACUAUUAGUGCUACUGGAGGUGUUGGAGGGUUUGUGUCCACUCCUUCAGGAAGAUGUGGGAAGUGUGGACGUGUUGGUCAUAAUCAGUCUGAGUGUCGUGACAAGGAGGUUACCUGCUUCAAUUACAGUGGUAAGGGUCACAUCAGCACCCAAUGUCCUGAACCACGAAGAACACAUGUUAUUGGAUCGAGUUCGCAAAUUGAGCGUCCAAAGUCUGUAGGGAGAGUAUUUGCUCUUAGUGCUGCUGAAGCUGCUCGGUCAGAAAAUUUGAUACAAGAGUUUGAUUUAGUUGUUGAAACCCCUACUAAUGGUCCUGUGACUACAUCCCUA